UAAUAUGUUUCAAACCAUUUAUAUUUAGGAGACUAUCUUUGCUCCUUUCCUUUUCUCAUUCCGUCUCUUUCAUUCUUUCAUCUUAUCUAUGCUGUAUAAUAUACUUGUGUAUAUAUAUAUAUAUAUAUAAUAUAUAUAUAUGCAUGUUGUAUGUAUGUAUGAUGUGUGUUCGGUGGUGUAGCAUAUAUAUAUUAUAUAUAUAUAUAUAUACACACAUAGUAUACAUGCGUACCGUUCAAUGAUACAUUCAUAUAUAAUUACGUAUAGUAUAGAUUUGAAAGAGAGAGAGUGAAUCGGUAGGUCGCCAGAGGUCAGACGUGUCUCGUUUUAUGUACGUUGCUCCUGCAACGAAGCUUCGCGGGAAGAUACGCGACGUUUUACCCUUUGAAAGUUCUCCCUUCUCGGCAACGAGGAUCAUACCCGAAAUAGAUACGUCCCCCUUGGCGAUUGUAAUUCGAGCCGACUCCCCGUUAUAGCACUUUCUUCGCGACGACUAUUUUCGUACGUACCGCGCCGUUACCCCUCGGUAUCUUCUCAUCGUCUUCUAAGCGCAAGACGCAGAAAGUGCUUACGAACGAAGCAACGUGUUUUUUAACGUUCUUCUUUGGAUACCACCCACGUAUUUACUUUUGCACAUCGUUCUUAAGAGUUUCUUCAAAGGAAUAACGAUACGAACAAACGAAGAUUUCCGAAUGUUAAUGUUUUGUCUUAAACAAAGGAGACAAUUGGAAAAUAAUUGAUGAAAUUGAAUUGCUCAAUAUUCUUAACAAAAAAAAAAAAAGGAAAAAAAAAUUAAAUAUUGAGUAUUUUUUAAUUAUAUAAAAAAGAAAAAAAAAAAAUAUAUAUAUAUAUAUAAAAAGAAAUUAUUACAAACUCGAUCGUUUGAUAUCAUCGAUAAGAAGGAUUAAAUUCAAAUCAACGUUAUUAUAUAGCUAAUGAAGAAUUAGUUUUUUGAGAUAGAGAAAAAGAAAGAAGAAGAAGAAAAAGAAGAAAAAGAAGAAAGCAAGCUUAUUUAACUUUUUCACGAAAGCGUUUACACGUACGUACUAUAGAUUGAAACUAAGAAGUUAUUUUUAUACCGAAAGAGAGAACGUGUCAAAGGGCAAGGCUAUAGUGCUUGAGGUGUUUGUCCUAGCUAAGCUCCUAUGCCAGUUUCCUUUCGACAGUGGUACGUGUAAGGCGUCACUCCAGAACAUUCUUAAUCUGUGGAUUCUUAUGAAUAUAUUAUAAUUUUUGAGCAUCGUUACUCGAUGCACUUUGUGAAAAGUGGCCAGUGAUAUAUUUCUGUAUUUUGUAUAUAUACAUACAUAUAAAUAUUUAUUUAAAAUACAUUGAUACGAAUAAAGCAACAAUAUGAGUAUUCCAGAGGAUGUAAAAAAAUGCGUUGCCAUUUUAAAAUCGGUUAAUACCGACUCAGAAAAGUUUGCAGUUCUUUUCAUGGUAACUAAAUUAGUAAAUGCCAAGGAUUGUAAUCUAGCUGCUAAACAAAUGCUAUUUGAAGCCAUUGGUACAAAAUUUGUAAAGAAAUUAUUAUCAAGUGAUACAGUUCCUGUCGAUUGUCCAGCACAAGUGUACAAAUCAGUAGCACUAUCCAUCCUUUCUGCCUUUUGUGGAGAGCCAGAAUUAGCAUCCCAUCCGGAUAUGAUAACACAUGUACCUGCUCUUCUUGAAAUUAUUUCUCAAGCUGAUGAAGAUGCAGCUGAUGACAUGUUAAUUAUUGUUAGCGAAGCUUAUAGAUGCUUACAAAGCAUUGCACAAUUUUUACCAGGUCAAAAAAUACUCCUGGAACAUAAAGCAAUAUCUAAAAUGUGUGACAUUUAUUCGGAGAAAAGUUUUCAAACCGACGAAGCUCUAGACAUUUUAGUCACUUUAGUUGGAAGAUAUGGUCCAGAUGCUUGGGAUGCGACAGAUACAGUACCCUUCCAUGCAAUUAUGAAUAAAAUUGCAUGUGAUUUUGAAACGGAUCACACAGAGAGAAAAUUUAAAUUAUCUAGUAUUUUGCAGGCAUUAUUGAUUUCUUGUAGAAAAGAAUUGAUAUCAAUGACUGCAAAAGAUGAAUCUUGGCCUCUUAGUAUCCACAAAGGAUUGAGCGACAUUCUUGGUUCAAAGAUAGGGAAAAAUCAACGAGAUCCAGCUUUGAAAUUAGCUUCAGUUAUGAUGGAUCUCUUAGGUGCUGAAUGGACCAUGUUAAAUAAGGAAAAACCAAAGAUACUUAUAUUAUUGUUAAUUCAAUUAGGAUCAAUAGAAGUUAGAAUGCAAUUGGAGGGUCAUCAGCUUAAAACUGUUGUUGCAAAUGGCGAAUUAGUUACAGCUUGUUUUGUAAUUCUUGAAAUUUCUCUUAUGUAUAUUAUCUCAGAUCAAUUAGAUCUAGAACAAAAAGAAAAACAAUCUUUAUAUACAGCUUUGAAAGGUGCCUUUGCUGCUAUUAUUGGCCUAUUAAAUUCAGUAUCAAAAAUGAAAGAAUUAACUGAUAUCAAGGAACGUAUUUUCGUUUGUGCAAUGAUUAGAGUACUUGCAGCAUGGCUAGCACAAGAAACAACUGCAAUGAGACCACAAGUUUAUGCGGUAUUGCCAUUUGUAUUAACAAUAGCCAAUGAUACAUUUUAUGCCUAUCGUAAUAGAAAACUUGCAGAAAAAGCAAAAGCAGGUGCUAAAGGUGGAAGUACCAAAAAUGAAGAAGGAUCAUCCUCUGUUGAAUCUAUACCACGUGAUCCACUAAGUGAAGUUGAUUUAUUAAGAUUACUUUUACCAGCUUUGUGUUAUUUAGCAGUAGAAGAGGAUGCUAGAAAAAUUUUACUUACUCACAAACAAGAUGAAGUCUUAUUUGAAAGUUUAUCUUAUCAUUGGACAAUAGUACAUUAUAAAAAGCCACCAGUUCCAAGAUCGGAACGCUUAAAAGCAUUGAAAGAAACAGAUAAAACAGAUGAAUUGGAUUUACAAACUUUAGAAGAAAUGAAGGAUUCAAGGACAGCAAUGGUUUCUAUAUGCAAUGUUUUAAUGAAUAUAACUGUGCUAGAAGCCAAAUUAGUAGAGGAAUCUCCCAUAUAUAUUUCUUUAUUGAAAUUCAUUUUCAAUAAUCUUCCAGAAUUGAAACAAAUGCCAGAGAAUUUAGUUCUUCAUGGUCAUUUAGCAGUCCUAGGACUCUUAUUAUUAAAGCAACAAGCAAAACGUAUUAAAAAGAAUGAUUUUUCAAUAUGCCGUUAUAUUCAAGCUACUAUUAGAUUUUUAUGGGAUGCAUAUAUAAUAGAUGAAAGUAAUGAUCCAACUGAGCUAGUUGUUGCUAUGUCCUAUAAAGAACGUUGGAUGGAACUUAUGGAGCUCUGGUUUCUUGGAAUGCAAACAAUGGCUGGAGUAUUACAAGUAAUACCAUGGUUAUCACAAUUUACAAUUGAAUCUGGAUGGGCAGAAGAAAUUAUUGAAACUUUGAAAAAAGUUAAAAUAGGUAGUUUACAACCAAAUGUAAAAUCUGCCUUCGAAGAUCUACUAUGUCAUUUGGUACAGGCAGAUCAGGGUGUUGCAGCAGUUUUGAAAAAAUGUGGAGCAUUGACAGUUUGCAGAAAUCAUCGUAUGAUGGAACUUGGAAAACACUUGUUUGGAGAUUAAAAUUUUUUAUUAAUAAUUUUUAAUCUAUUUAAAAGUAAUUUUUAUUAAUUUUUGCAAGAUUCUAUAUGCUUUGUACAAUUAGAAAUAGAAUUUAUAAAUUUAUUGUAUUCUACUUCGAAUAAUUUAUGUAUAUAAAGUGCUGCAAAAUGUUUAAAAAAAUUUAAUAUUUUAUUAUAUAUCAGUUAUAACAUUAAAUUAUAAUGAUGAGAAAAUUAUAUCCUUAUAAACAGCUAUUUGAUUGCAUUA